AUGGCUCGAGCUCUCCCGCCCACACCUAAGCCGCAGACCCCCAUGGACUUCCCUGGACCACUUCAAGUUAUCGCGGCAGGUCUCCCACGUUGCGCGACAAGCACGCUCAAAGAAGUUUUCGAGGAUCACUUGUCCAUUGGACCGACCAUGCACAUGAAUAGGUGUCCUCCACAGCCGGCAACGAUGAAACUUGUGCACGAUGCUCUGCGCGAGCAAGACACAACGAAACGCCGCACCAUACUGUACAAGCUAUUCCAAGGAUGUGCUGCGACCGCGGAUUUUCCCGGUCACCUGUUCAUCGAAGAUCUGGUCGAGAUGUACCCGGACGCCAAGGUGAUCUUGAACGUGCGCAAGGGAGGCGCCACGGACUGGGGGUCGAGUAUGAAGACGACCAUCGCACCGUUCAUGAGCUGGUCGUAUCGUGUGGCGUGCUACUGGAGCGUACCGGACUGGUGGCAUUAUCAGACAGAGAGGGCAUGGGAGGAAGACGUCCGAGAGCGCUUUGGUGUGGGACAUUUCUGGGAUAGCGCUGUUUAUGAUAUGCACAAUGAGUGGGUGAAGAGAAUAUGCCGUGAACACGGGAGAGAAGUGCUACUCUGGGAGCCGGGUAUGGGAUGGGAAGAGCUUUGCGGGUUCCUGGAUAGAGAAGUACCGGUCGUGCCAUUGCCGAGAAACAAUGAUAGAAAGAAGAUGGAAGAUGUCGUGAAGUGGAGGAUCGCGCUCGGUUGGAAGCUAUGGGCGAGGAAGGCUGCUAUCACCGUUCUGGCAACUGUGUUUGGAAGCUGGGGAUUGAAAAGAAUAUCGGGGCUUGUUUGA